AUGAGAGUUUGGUAUUCCUGGGCAAAGUCACGUCAAAUCAACGAGAGUAUAGAAACAAUGGCGUCCGCAACUUCAGACGGAGUCCUCCAAAAAUUUUAUCUGGAAGUGAGAAAGCAAGACGGCUCAGAGUAUGAACCGGACUCACUUAAAGUUAUGCACGCGGCCCUGGAACGGUACCUAUCCAGCCAGAAAUAUCCAUACAGUCUGAUAAAUAGUCUGAAGUUCUCAUCUUCAAGGGCUGUUCUUGAAGCAAAAGCAAAACAACUACGAAUGAAUGGUUACGGCAAGAGAAAGAAUCGCGCCCUGCCGUACAACUCUGCCGAAGAAGAGUCCUUCUGGUCAAGUGGUCUGUUAGGCGACCAUGAUGGAGUGGCUCUCACAAACGUUAACUUCAAAAAUUUGUCCGAGCACUUCGGAUCUCGUGGCCGUCAAGACCAUUACGACGCUUAUGAACAAGAUUUUGAAGUUGCGUGGAUCCAGAUCCAGGGAGGAGAAUUGGCAAAGUGCGUUCGUUUCAAUGAAAAUCCAACAAAGACCCGUUCCAGUGGCCUUUCAGCAAAACACAGAAAAACUCCUCAAGAGAUGUGGACCACAGACGGUGGCCUUUCAGCAAAACACAGAAAAACUCCUCAAGAGAUGUGGACCACAGACGGUGGACCAAGAGAUCCAGUCCGGCUUUUUGAAGAAUUUCUGAGAAGGCGCCCAUUAGAAAUGCGAACCUCUGGGCCUUUGUACUUGUCAAUAAUAUAUACAGCGUCCGAAAACCGAAGUUUGGUAUGCCAAGUCCAGGAUGGGCGAACACAAACUUGGCAGCAUUAUGAACACCCUAGCACAGACGAUCAGCGUUGA